AUGGUACCAGCAUCGAAAGGGAAGAAUAUAAAAACUCAACCACCCUUGAGCAGGAUGACCCGGGAAGAAUUGGAGGACAGUUUGUUUCGUCUUCGUGAAGAGCACAUGUUGGUGAAGGAGCUUUUUUGGAAGCAACAGGAUGAGAUCAAAAGGAUGAGGACAGCCUUGCUCCGGUUAACCGCAGCAGGCCGGGGCCUGAGGGCCGAAGUGGCAGCGGUGGAGAGCUCGCGGAGCCCGCUGGGCGGCGGCGCCCCCCCAAGCAGCAGCGCCCGCCUCUGCACGGGCUGCAACUACAGUUCCAGCGCGUCGGCCCGCCUGCUCCCCGCCGCACGCAGCCUCGCAUCCACGCGGGACACAGACAGCUCCACACCGCCGGGGCGCCGGGCCGAGAAACCCAAGAGGGAGUCAAGGGACAGGCUGAGCUACACAGCCCCUCCCACAUUCAAGGAACAUGUCACAAAUGAAAAAGCCAGAGGUGAAGUAUCCAGUGAACCCAACGAACUUGCUCACAUUGUGACCAGCCAUACUAUGCAAGUGGAAGAACCACCCAAGUCUCCUGAGAAAAUGUGGUCCAAAGAUGAGAAUUUUGAACAGAGAAGCUCUUCGGAGUGUGCUCAGAAGGCCACAGAGCUUCGAGCUUCCAUUAAGGAGAAUAUACAGCUGAUUCGACUUAAGAAGCUCUUACAUGAAAGGAAUACCUCUUUGGCAAUAACAAAAGCACAAUUAAGAGAAGUUCAAGCCGCAUAUGAAACUCUGCUCCAGAAGAAUCAGGGAAUCCUGGGUGCAGCCCACGAUGCACUCCUCAGCCAAGUGAAUGAGCUCAGAGCAGAACUGAAGGAGGAGAGCAAGAAGGCUGUGAGCUUGAAAAGCCAACUGGAAGAUGUGUCCAUCCUGCAGAUAACACUAAAAGAGUUUCAGGAAAGAGUUGAAGAUUUGGAAAAAGAACGAAAAUUGCUGAAUGACAAUUAUGACAAACUCUUAGAAAACAUGCUGAAUAGCAGUAAUCAGCCUCACUGGAGCAGUGAGCUUGUAGGGGAGCAGCUACAGAAGAAAGUCUCUCAGUUGCAGGAUCAGCUGGAUGCUGAGCUGGAGGAGAAGAGAGAAGUCUUACUUCAGCUGUCAAGAGAGAAAGCUCAAAACAAGGAUCUGAAGCUUGAAGUCACCAACUUGCUUCAGAAGCAUAAACAGGAAGUGGAGGACCUCCAAAAUAAAGACACAAUUUCCCAAUCUCCUGACUGGCAACCUGAACCAACCACUCACCCAGCUCUGUUCAAAGAGCCCACUCAGAUAGAGCCCUGUGAACCAAAAAACCAAGAGGAGAAGAAACUGUCCCGGAUGUUAAGUGAGUUGCAAGUAUCGCAUGCGGAGACCACAUUGGAACUAGAGAAGACCAGAGACAUGCUUAUUCUGCAGCGCAAAAUCAACAUGUGUUAUCAGGAGGAACUGGAGACGAUGAUGACAAAAGCCGAUAAUGAAAAUAAAGACCACAAAGAAAAACUGGAGAGGCUGAAUCAACUCCUAGACCUCAAGAACAAGCGUAUCAGUCAGCUGGAAGGUAUUUUAAGAAGCCAUGGCCUUCCAAUGUCCGGUGAUUUUAACCUCACUGACCCUGGGGGGAAACCCAGUGGAUCUGUUCAGGUGCAACUGGAUUGGAAGUCUCGCUACCUACCUCCGGAGACCUUCCCGAAACAAGAAGCUCAGAGUGAGGAGAAGGACACUAAGGACAGUUUAGAUACCUCAAGUGAAGAGGAAGAAACUUCCUGUCCUCCCCAGGACCAGAUGUUAUCUACUGAGAUUCCCAUUGAAGCUGGCAAAUAUCAAGCUAAGAGAAAACCUCAGGUGGGAGAAAGAAAGGAAAGGGAACACCAGGUUGCAGGCUACUCAAGAAGAAAACAUGGCAAAAGAACAGGCAUCCAAGGAAAGAACAGAAUGGAGUAUCUUAGUCACAUCGUAAAUGGAAAUACACUACAGCAGGUGAACUACACUGAAUGGAAAUUCUCAGGGCUUAAGAUCUCCACAGAUGAUGGUUUAAAAAAUCAGCAAAAGGAAGAGGAAGUGACAUCAUCCCAUUCAGCACAGAUACUAGAGGAAACCCUACAUCCUGUGAAUGAUAAAGAAUCCUGUGAACAAGCUUCUGAAGUCAGUGAAGCACAAACUACAGAUAGUGAUGAGAUAGUAACACCUGUAUCUCAGAAACGUCCUAAGGCAUGUUCAGAGAAGAUGUGCAUUGAAAUCGUCUCCCUGGCCUUCUGCCCAGAGGCUGAAGUGAUGUGUGAUGAGAACGUAAAACAGGUGUACGUGGAAUACAAGUUCUACGAUCUACCCUUGUCGGAGACGGAGACGCCAGUAUCCCUGAGGAAACCGAGAGCAGGAGAAGAGAUCUACUUCCACUUUAGCAAGGUGAUAGACCUGGACCCAGUGGAGCAAAAAGACCGAAGGCAGUUUCUGUUCGCCAUGCUGACUGGACAAGAUCCUGAGCAAGGACAUUUAAAGUUUACAGUGGUAAGUGAUCCUCUGGAUGAGGAAAAGAAAGAAUGUCAAGAAGUAGGCUAUGCAUAUCUGAAACUGUGGCAGAUCCUGGAAUCAGGAAGAGAUAUCCUAGAACAAGAAUUAGACAUUGUUAGCCCUGAUGAACAGGCUACCCGCAUAGGAAGGCUGAAGGUGUCCCUUCAAGCUGCUGCUGCCCUCCAUGCUAUUUACAAGGAGAUGACUGGACAUCUGUUUUGUGAUGGAACAAGUGCUAGUGCAUUCUAAACCCCAAGGGAGCCACAGUAAAAAGUCUUAUAAAGUAACUUGCUCUACCAU